CACAGUCACUUCUUUGUAACAUCAGCUCCUCAUUUAUCCGCUCUGGCGACUGCGUGAAGAGAAGACUCCACCGCACGACUGUUACUAUAUGACAGUUUACACGGCUUUACAACUUCCAACAAAUGGAGGAAACAUUUGCAUAAACUUUUGGGGUUUGACCUACUCUAACGAACAACAUCCUCGACAACAAACAACGUGUGGAGCAAUAACAGGGAAACACCCAUCAGGAUAUCACAAAUCUUUUUGUGAAUUCGACAAAGGAAUUCUUAAAGAGGAGUUGAAGUCUCUGAGCAGGACACUGUCAGAAUGAUGACCCAAGAAGACGGGGACUAUGUAAACGACACUUAUGAAUACAUGGAUUAUGGAUAUCUAGAGGAUACCAAGGCUGGAGGCUACACUCAGAAGGAAGCUCUUCACAUCAUAUCAGUGAUUAUCUACAGCCUGGCGUUUACUCUGGGUGUAAUUGGAAAUGGCAUGGUCAUCUGGGUGACCGCCUUCAAAAGCAAACGGACUGUGAACAGCAUUUGGCUGCAGAAUCUGGCCAUCGCCGACUUUGUGUUUGUUCUUUUCCUGCCAUUCUCCAUUGAUUACGUGCUGCGAGACUUUCACUGGCUCUUUGGGAAGACAAUGUGCAAGCUGAACUCGUUUGUGUGCACCAUGAACAUGUAUGCCAGUGUGCUGUUUCUGACCGUCCUGAGUUUGGAUCGCUACAUCUCACUGGUCCACCUGAGCUGGUCGGAAAGGUACCGAAAUGUCCGGAGGGCCUGGUGGGUGUGUGCGCUGAUUUGGAUCACGUCCUGCUGUCUAAGCUGUCCGGCCUUGAUAUUCCGUGACGUAAUCCAGCAUAACGAGAAGGUUGUGUGUUUUAAUAACUUUCACGAUGAGAGCAGGCACAUGAUAGUGGUGAGGCACAUUGCGAUGGUGUCUCUGCGCACCAUCGUGGGCUUUCUGCUUCCGUUUGCAACCAUCACCGUUAGUGGCAUGCUGCUGGCUAUUAAGAUGCGUCAGUCCGACUCGGUACGUUUGACCAGCUUUUCCAGAACCGUCUCUGCUGUGAUUCUUGCUUUCUUCCUAUGUUGGGCGCCGUUUCACACGUUCAGCCUGAUAGAGCUGAGCAUGCAUCACACCACUUACCUGCAAUCCGUGCUCACCGUGGGCUUCCCACUCGCCACCAGCCUGGCCUUCUUCAACAGCUGCGUCAACCCGAUCCUGUACGUACUGCUAACCAAGAAGGUGCGUAAACUGGUGAGGAGGUCAUGUUUGAACUUCACCAAGAGCUCGCUGAGGGAGCUCAGUCAGUCUGUGUCUGCGACUGAGUUAGACUCAGCACUGCCCAGCUUCUCUCCUGAAGAAACCACGGCCAACUCCUCCGUCUGAUGAGCUCAGCGAUCACCUCAAACGCACAUGAACUCAAUAAACUUUAAGCUUUUUUUUUUUUUUUAAAUAAAACAUCUAGAGCUCCAACUGGACUAAAAAAAAAUAUAUUUUGACAAACUGGUUGGGAAAUACUGGCUUUUAUCCCUUAUAAAGCACAUUCCAGUAAAUAUGUAUUUAAUGUAUAAUCUAUUUUGUAUGUCGUGCAAUUAAAAAAAAUCUAAAAAUCAUAUAUAGUUUCACCUGUAAUCAUAUGAAAGUAAAUAAUAUACUUUUCACUUUAAAGUAUUUCUGAUGAGUAGUAGUGAGGAAUGAUAUUUCAGCUCUGUUUGAAAGGACUUUGUUAAAAAAAAAUGUAUUUUACGUAUUAUUGUGUGUUUCAAUCAAUAAACUUGCUAAUGCUAAUGUCUUAGAAUUAAA